AUGUCUGCAAACCAGCGGCCCGUUAUGGGCCCCCCCGAAACACCUAGCAGAGUCAUGCAACAAUCCCCUGGUCUUUUCCCAAGUCUACAACUCUCCCCAGACAUGCUGUACGCACAUCAGUUCUCGGGUCCGGCUACCGUCCCGGUCUAUUCUGACCAAAGGCUCUUCUGGGACCCUUCGAACGUCGGCUUCGAGGCACAGUCUCUACCACAACAGUAUCCAGACCCAUUCCAAUUCAGCCCAUCCGGGUUGAGCUCGUCGUUCGCCUCCUCAUCGACCGUGGUGCCGAGCUUUGCUCCCCAAGUAACUCUACUAGAAGAGCAGCCUUAUGAUUUACCAGUCAUGCGACCUUUAGCAGGUUACUCUCACGCCAACGGUUCUACUUUCCCUGCUCCUUUCACCACCUCGCCUCGGCUACCUGCACCACAGGCUGAAAAUCCCAGUAUGUUCCUCAGCUCACCAGCCCGCAGGUUUGGUGCUACCGACUAUUACUCAAACAUGUUCGCACACAAUCCGGCUCUUGAGAGACCGGCUUAUGCACAUCAGAUCGAAGAGUCUCGACGGGAGCAAGAGACUAAGCGGCUGCGAAAAGGUGACAUGAAGCAACCGUCUAUCACUCGGUCUGUAAUGGAGGCUCUGAGACGACCUGUUUCCCCACGUAGGGACAACAGGCCUGGCCUGAAAAGGAGCCUGACGCAUACGGGGGUGCGUGGUGAGCGAACUCUCAACCUACAAACGCAGAAUAUCGUGGGAAGCAGAAAUUCACCGAUAACACUGGAUCAGAAUCGACCAAAUCGGCCUGGACGAUCGUCCCCAUUGAAGACGAACCCUGAUCCCAUAUCGCGGACUCUUAGCACGAGUCGUAACUCGAAUACCAAGCGUGGCUCGUUGUCACUAGCGAUCGAUGAAGAUGGUGUCGCCAAGAUGAUUCUCACCGAGAACUCCCGCGACAUCGACAUGGGCGGGAUAUCAGGCAGCGAUGCCGGAUCUUUCGAUGAAACAGACCUUCACAUUCUCCAUAGCCAGGAUAACUCUUUUGCCUUUCCUGAAGAUGGAGAUCCAUCUGUUCAGGCCCAUGUUGGUCUAAGCAGGCACUAUAGCCAUGCGAAAACCAAUUCGCAUUCUACAAUGGCGUCGGCAAAUUCUGCCACACAGUCGCCCUACAAUGGCUCCGUGUCGAGCUUCUCGAACACAAGAGGGUCGGACGGGCAUCAAGGACCCCGACGGAAGCGACCACUCUUAGGACCAAGCAUCGAAACUGACACUUUGGCGGAAGAUGGACCGUUCGGAAAUGCGCAGUUUGCACUACGUGCAAUCAUUCAAGACCGAUCUAGAUCUAACUCUUCGCAAGGGGAUGGCACUAAUCAAGUACAUCUACAUUCCUCACCACCAUUACAACAAAGCCAAUAUGCCAUGUACAACGCCUCGCCCACUACCAUCACCGACCCAGAUCUGGCGACACCCAGUACUGAUAGGGAAAGCCUUACCAGCAAUAUGAGUAUGCGCUGUGUCUGCAAUUCUUCUGUUCUGGAUGGUUCAGUGCCAAUGGUACAAUGUGAUUCAUGCACCAAAUGGCUGCAUAGCACAUGUGUAGGCAUCGACAAUCGGCGCAUUCUAGAGCCCUAUAUGUGCAUAUUUUGCAUACAGACACCAAAGCGGUCGGGGCAUGCCGCCCUACGCCCUUCUGCUCUUCCAUCGGCCGCCAGCCCGCUGGCGCACAAGUCGAAACGGCAUCGGUGA